UCCUCUGCGCGACAGAUCGCAUCUCUCCAAUUCAAACAUCCAUUGUCCCAGCAGCACACGAGAAGCGCUCCUGAGCCUCCAAGGAGCCAGAUCUCACACUGAUUUGGUCUCCGCGCAAACUUCGCACCGACGAUCCAGCAUGUGCCACGGGGACCAGCACCGCGGAUGUGCCACAUGAGGCGAAGCCGAGAAACUAAAAACAACCUUCAAAGUUUGCCCACGGAGACAAUUGUGACUCUUUGCAAAUCGAACUUGCCACUUUCAGCGUGGUUCCUGCUUCCCUGACACUUCCCCCCGGUCACCUGUUCCCGCUCCUGGGAUUGCUGGGAUUCAGCUGCGUGCCUUUUUAUGUUCUGCUAAGGAGACGUGAAGUUUUUCGGGGUGGUCCGCUCUUAGGAAGGUGACAUGCAGGUUCUCGGUUGGACCACAAUUCUCCUCUGUCAGUGGAUCCUACAGAAGGUCCAAGGGUUGGAGAAGCAAGUGGACUUCUCAGAGCUGAGUCCUGUCGGCUCAGUAAUGAAGGCUCUACCUUAUGGCAUGGGGGGGGGCACAGCUGGUGGAGUUGUGAAACCUCCCUAUCAAACACGCAUUUUCUCUACAUCCAUUGACCAGAAACCCUUGAAGUCCAAGCCACCAACCUACAACUUCUUCAACCCCUAUGAUUUAGGUCGGAACCAGUCCUUGCUACUGGAUCAGACUGGAUACCGUUCCAAGCGUAAGCCAUCAUUAAAGACCAACAUGAAGACUAAGAAGAUUUUCGGCUGGGGAGACUUCUAUUUUAGCGUUAAGACCGUAAAGUUCAGCCUGAUGGUGACAGGAAAGAUUGUGGACCACAUCAACGGUACAUUUACCGUUUACUUCCGCCAUAACUCGUCCAGCCUUGGGAACGUGUCUGUAAGCAUCGUACCUCCAUCAAAAGUGGUGGAGUUUGAGGUUCUACCACAGCAGCAUCUGCAGCCCCACAUCCAGCAGGACGUCCAGAUCCAGGAGACGCGGCAGGCCACCAUCGACCCCAAAGAGGGGAAGACCCUCAACUGUCGGGUUGAGUACGAGAAAACCGACAGGUCGAAGAAAUCCAAACCCUGCCUGUACGAUCCAUCUCAGACCUGCUUCACGGAGCACACUCAGUCUCAUGCUGCCUGGCUCUGUGCCAAACCCUUCAAGGUUAUCUGCAUCUUCAUCUCUUUUUUAAGCAUCGACUACAAGCUAGUUCAAAAAGUGUGUCCGGACUACAACUUCCAAAGUGAGCGCCCUUAUUUUGGAUAAAUUAAUGAGACUCAAGCGGAUAGAAGGAAAAGAAAAACAAUGUUCACGAUCUCAUUGAUUAAGAGGACUAUGAAACGAUUGAUUAUGAUGGAGACACAGGGGUUCCUUCCCCUCCGAACUGAUGUGAACUGCAGAUAUAAAUAAUGUAUAAUCAGAGCUAUGGAUUGUAUAGGAAACGGUGGAUUUCUCUGAUAUAUUUUCCAACUUUGUAUUUGUUAACCUUAGUUUUUAUGUUUUCUUUUCUGUAAAUAAUGUACUCAUCCCCAGCAGAGUUUAUUGUUUUUAGAUCUAUGUUUCUCUGUGUUAUUACUUUCUGCAGUUGGAGAAUUCAGUUAAAAAACAGCCCAAAAGGGUAUUAUUCCCUCUGAGUACAGACUGAGCCUCUCAGGCAGCUGUGCUGUGCCAUCACUGUGUGGCAGACAUAAUGUUAUGGUAGACUGACUGUUAAUCAUCCUCUCAGCUCUACAUUUCAACACACAGAUAUAAGAGAGUUAUAUGUAUGAGAAAUGCUAUGCUGGAUGUGCAUACAAUAUACUGUUUGAAGAAGCACAUUAAAAUCUCUU